AUGGCAAAGAAGGUGGCUGUGAUUGGAGCAGGAGUCAGUGGCCUGAUCUCUCUGAAGUGCUGCCUGGAUGAGGGUCUGGAGCCCACUUGCUUCGAAAGGACUGAAGAUAUCGGGGGACUGUGGAGAUUCAAAGAGAACGUGGAAGAUGGUCGAGCAAGCAUCUACCACUCCGUCAUCACCAACACCAGCAAAGAAAUGUCCUGCUUCAGCGACUUCCCAAUGCCCGAGGAUUUCCCCAACUUCCUGCACAAUUCUAAACUCCUGGAAUAUUUCAGGAUUUUUGCCAAGAAGUUUGAUCUUCUCAAAUACAUUCAGUUUCAGACCACCGUCAUUAGUGUGAAAAGACGCCCGGAUUUUGCCUCUUCUGGGCAGUGGGAAGUUCAUACUCAGAGCAAUGGCAAGGAGCAGCAUGCCGUCUUUGACGCAGUUAUGGUUUGCAGCGGCCAUCACAUUCAACCUCACCUGCCGCUGAAGUCGUUUCCAGGUAUCGAGAAGUUCAAAGGCCAGUAUUUCCAUAGCCGCCAAUACAAGCAUCCUGCUGGCUUUGAGGGGAAACGCAUCCUGGUGGUUGGGAUAGGAAACUCAGCCAUAGAUAUUGCCUCUGAGCUGAGUAAGAAGGCCUCACAGGUGUUUAUCAGCACCAGACAUGGUUCCUGGGUCAUGAGCCGGAUCUCUGAAGAUGGCUACCCUUGGGACAUGAUGUUCCACACUAGAUUUAGCUCCAUGCUCCGAAAUGUCCUGCCCCGCACUAUCGUCAAGUGGAUGAUGGAGCAACAAAUGAAUCGAUGGUUCAACCACGAAAAUUAUGGUCUGGUGCCUCAAAACAAAUACCUUCUGAAAGAACCUGUUCUGAAUGACGACCUCCCCAGCCGCCUGCUGUACGGACUCGUCAAGGUGAAAACCAAAGUGAAGGAGCUCACGGAGACAGCUGCCGUUUUUGAGGACGGCACAGUGGAGGAGGAUAUUGACGUCAUUGUUUUUGCCACGGGCUAUACUUUCUCUUUUCCAUUCCUUGAAGAUUCGCUUGUGAAAGUGGAGGGUAACAGUGUCUCGCUGUACAAAUACAUGUUCCCCCCUCAACUGGAGAAGCCCACCCUUGCGUGCAUAGGGCUCAUCCAGCCUCUAGGCUCCAUCUUCCCAACUGUGGAGCUGCAGGCACGUUGGGCGACAAGAGUUUUCAAAGGCUUGUGUAGCUUGCCCUCAGAGACAACUAUGAAGGUGGACAUUGUUGAAAGGACUGAAAAGAAAAUUGACCUGUUUGGAAAAAGCCAGAGCCAGACACUGCAGACCAAUUACAUUGACUACCUGGAUGAACUCGCCUUGGAGAUAGGUGUGAAGCCAGAUUUCGUCUCUCUGUUCUUCAAAGACCCUAAACUGGCUGUGAAGCUCUACUUUGGGCCCUGCAACUCCUACCAGUACCGCCUAGUUGGACCUGGCCAGUGGGAAGGAGCCAGGAAUGCCAUCCUCACCCAGAAGCAGAGGAUCCUGAAGCCCUUAAAGACCCGCACUCUGGAGUCUUCAUCCAGCAUCCCAGCAGCUUUCCUGCUCAAAAUCCUGGGGCUUUUGGCUGUUCUCCUGGCCUUCUUUUUCCAACUUCAGUGGUUCUAAUCUGUCAGCAUGACGCUUUUGUCCGCCAGUGCCUCUCAUUCAUCAGUGUCUCUUUGCAAAAACGACUGAAGAAAUGACAUCUACAUUAGAGUUUUUACAAUUCAGGGGAACAAGUGGGAGAAAGAAUUGUAGGGAGAGUAGAAGAAUUAGGUCUAGAUAUAAAACUGAAAUGAAGGUCUUGGAAUAUCUUUUGCAUCCUACUCUUUCCUCAAAUUCACCAGUCUCCAAACAGUAUUAUAGAAUAACACCAACACAGGUAGACAGCGCUUCCAGCCACAGCAGGUUUCAAGUUAUAUGGAAAAAAAAAAACAAAUUAUGCCGAAUAAAAAGCAAGUCAUAGCUGGGCAUGUUGGCUCAUGCACUUGAGAGGCAGAGAGUAAUUGAGAGACCGAGGCAGGCAGAUCUCUUUGAGUUUGAAGAUAGUCUGAUCAACGUAGCAAGUUCCAGAACUACAAGGACUACAUAAGAGAGAUCCUAUCUCAAAAAAAAAAAGUCACAUAGGUUAGAUUACUGAACAAUUUAGUUUUAAACUGUGGUAACAUUUCAUGUCCUGCCCACUGAGCUCCAUGCUAUUUCUAUGCAGACUCUGGUCACAGUUCCCAAGUAUUAUGGUCUGCUCUGUUGGCUUGAUGAGGGAUCACUCAGAAAUACUGAUGGACAAAACUGAGACGAUAGAACAAAAGCAACUACUUUAAGUAAUUCACAUUGUGAGCUAAGCAAAUAGACUCAGUUCCUGUAUAUUGACAUAAACAGUAAUGCAAACAUAAAAAUAAUAUACCCUAGCUACAACAUAGAGUUAACUGAUAUAUAUAUAUAUUUAUAUAUAUCCCAGAUUAGAUGUUGUGCUAUGUAUGCAUCAUAUAUAUAUAUUGCUUUAUUUAAUUCUCACAGCAAUUAUGAGAUGGGUUGAGCUAAAAUACCCAUUCUGUAGAUGACACCGUGUUGACAGACAGUUAUGGAGCAUGCCCUUAGCCACUGGCCUUGAGAUGAAGCUUCAGUUGGAGCCCAGUUCGUUGAACCCUGAAACUAAAGGUCAUAACCUCACCAUGGAAUAUACUUAUUUAUUAAAAUCUCUGCUCUUGAUAAAGUACUUACUAAUAGUUUAUUCUAUUCAUUAUAAGAUUAGACCAUAAUUAUAUUCAUUAGCUUAAAGUUUUCUAAAACCAUUGUAGAAAGUGGCACUUUGCUUGCAAAUUCAUCUGACUAAUUUUAUUUACAAUAUUAGCUCUCUAUUUCAGCUAGAUCGUAAAUAACACAUGAGCUGGAUGCAAUGGUACAGACCUUUCAUCCCAGUACUCUGGAGCCAGGUGGAUCUCUGUGAGUUUGAGGCCAGACUGGUCUACAUAGCAAAUUCUGGGCCAGCCAGGGCUAUAUAGUGAUACCCUGUCUCAAAAGGAAAAAGAAAUUGAAGAGAUCUAAAAUGAGAAAUAUGUAUACAGUAAUACUUAAAAUAAUGAUCACAUUUUGAGAAAAUAAGAAUUGAACUAAACUAUAUCUGCCAAGCCGGCACAAAAUGUUCCAGUGGCUGAGGCUGUGCCCAGGAUUAGCAUUACAGGUAAGCAAGGCAAAUCUCAGCGAUGUAUUAUCUAUGCCAUCUGAUGAAAGGGGGUGUGUCGAUUGUGAGGGACAUUUCCUUUGAACUGAAAACUAAAGGAGACACAAGCAGUUGAUGCCAACAAACAUUGAGCAACAUAACAAACACCAAGCUGUGGACUCUCCUGAGAGCAAUUCUUUUCAUGAGCCGCUCUGUGGGAGAUGAGCUACACCCAGAGACCAAAUCAGUGUCCCCCAAGAGAGGACAAAGGUUGGGAUAUUGAAGGCGUAGGUAAAUAGUUCUUUGUCCCUCCGAACCCUCUGUGAACACUAUUCUUAAACCUCAACCAAGCUCUCAUUCUCACCCCCCCCCACUCCACUCCUUCCCAGUUUAAUGGCAGUCUCUCCCAGUAGAAAGAGCUUUCUUUAAAGUCCACUGAACUGGGCUGCAGGAUCUGCCCAGCUGGUAACGUGUUUGCCUUGUAAGCAAGUGUAGAAAGGAGCUCCAGAACUCACAUUGUAAAGCCAGGGGUGGUGGCACACACUUCUAAUCCCAGCACUGGGAAGGAAAUGAAGACAGAUUCCUGGGGAUCCCUGGCCAGUCAGCCUAGUCUGUUUUAGUGAGUUCCAGGCCAGUGAGACACCCUGUCUCAAAAAAAAAAAACAAAAGUGAGGAAUGAAUUGCCUGAGGAACGAGACCAGAGCCUGACCUCUGAACAUGAACAUACACAUGUUCAAAUACACAUGCAUGCACCCCUGCACACACACAUGCAACUGCACAUGCUUAAACACACAAACACUUAUAGGCAUACACACACAUACAAAAGUUCACUGAAAUUAUGCCACUUCACUAAUUUGCUCGUAAGACUUCUUUCUAUACCUAUAAGCAAAUUCCUUUCAAAAAUUACAAAUGAAAUUCAUCAUAUGCAUAUAUAAAGUUCUAAAACAAAAAAUUUUAAAUAAAAAUUACAAAUGAAAUAUA